CUCUUCUUUUAGGAACUCCAUCAACAAACAAUUUUCGAGGCGGGAUUUCUCAGUUUCUCUUCCCUUUCUUUCGUUGCGAAUCUUUAAUUCUUUCAACUUCACAGGCUAGUCCUAUCAAGCGCAAGCCGCUUAUUCAACAUUCCAACCGUUUACUAAACUACCGUCACUCUUUCGACUCGUCCUCGACAACAAUCGAACCCAUUUUUUUAACCGGUUUAUUCAAAUAAAAUAAAAACUCGAUCAAGAUGCAUUUCUCAGCUAUGAUCGUCUCGGCCCUGGCCGUCGUUGCUCAGGCUCAGUCUGUCCAUGUGGUCUCCGUCGCAACGACCAACAACACCCUCAAGUUCUUCCCCGAUAAGCUCAACGCCGCCGUCGGCUCCAUGGUGCAGUUCCAGUUCCGCGGCGGCAACCACUCGGUCGUCCAGUCCACCUUUGACAACCCCUGCGUUCCCAUGUCCGGCAUGUCCGGCAUGUCCAGCACGUCCAGCAUGAACAGCUCCGCCAAGGGUCUCUUCUCAGGAUACCAGCCCGUCGCCGCCUCCCUUGCCAUGGGCCAGAUUCCCGUCUUCACCGUCCAGGUCACCAGCGCCGCGCCCAUGUGGCUGUACUGCUCCCAGGCCAAGCACUGCCAGAACGGCAUGGUUAUGGUCAUCAACGAGAAGUAAGUGUCACUAUUUUUUUCUUCUCUCAAUUUCGAAUCCUUUUCCCCAUCAAAGCUUGCUGCUUUUCUGGUUGGUGCACGUCAAAGUGUCAAAGUCGGGAACUCCCCCCUGGAUCGGCGUUGCG